CCGGCGUUAAAAUUCAAAACGAAUCACUUAACCUAAAUUUCAUGCGGUUUCGUGGGACGGUCAAGUUGUACUUACAUUAUAAAAUUUAAAUACUCUUUAUAAAACUCUCUGAAAGCAAUGGAAGACGAUAUACAGAGAAUGGAAUACACCCUAGAAGAUGCUUUUGAAACGUUAAAAGAUGCAAAGACGGAACGAGUACGAGAAAUAGAAGAUUUGAUAGAUGCAUUGUCAAUGAAUGAUUUGACAGCCUAUAAGGAGGACAUUGAUUCGGAAAAUAUAAGGAUUAAUCAACACAAAUAUUGUCAACAUUUAUUGAAUCAGGUUCUUAAAGAGAGACCUAAAGAUUACCCUGUUUUAAAAACAUCCGAUUUACACGUUGAAGUUUUGAAAGAACUGGAGGAGGAAGUUCAGACAACCCAAAAGCUUCUCGAAAGCUUGCGAGAAAACUUAUCGUACAUUAACGAUGAUAUAUCUUAUUUGGAAAACAAAAAGAUAGGUCUGAAGAAAAUGAAACAGACUUCUUUAGAGCACACCAAAAUGGUGAAUAGUACAAUGUACAUUAAAGAAUACACCUUCCUAAAACGGCUAUUUCAAACUGUAAAGACGGAUUUGCGUGACGUGGUAAACGUACUUUUUCCUGAAAACGAGGACCUGAUAGAAUUUCUAGCAGCUCUGACAACAUCGUACAUAAAAGGUGGAGAUGAUGCAUACAUAGAUGUUACACAGCAAGUUUUGGAUUUGACAACCUUUUUAAUUGAAGCUGACAUCAUUGUGUAUCAUAGAAACGAUAAAAGUAAAGUUAAAUUAAUAGAUAUGUUAUGAGAGAUAAUAUUUUUCUAAUAAGACUUCAAGGUAUAAUGACUUACAAUUUAAUUGUAUAAAUUUAAGAAGUAUAAAAGAGAUCCUAUAUAGUAUUUAAUUUUAAUACUACACAGUGUGUAAAUAUAGAGAAUUAAAGACCUUUCUCAAAAUACACUUACAAACAAUA